UAGCACCUUCGUCUUUGACUGUCACCUAAUGCCUACACUUAAGAGACGCUUAGCGCCUUAGGGUGCGUCAUGCCUUUUAAAAUUAAGAGCUUAAGCUUGAUUGUGAUUUGCAAAUACUUGUUUGAUCUGGAUUUCUCAACACCAACAUUCAAGCUCAAGCCGAGUUAUCUUGUUAAACUUUUGGCUUUUAGCAGAUAUACCUCUAUAGGAAGUAUAUAUGAUACAGUUCCAAAUAAGUUUCUGUGUAUUAGUGAUUCCUUCAGCAGUAAAAUGGAAUGUAGGCCAGCGCACAUGCUUGCAGACGGAAGAUUAGAAAGAGCUGGGAGAGCAAGGAAAUCUACACAUAGGUCUCACAGAGUCACAGUAAUCAUCAAAACAGCCCAUAUCCAGUAAUCAUCAAAACAGAAGAAUAGAAGAUAUUCAGUAAUUCAUAAACCACUUCAAAGCAACGCAAAAACUGAAGUUAUGUCGAAGAAUAGAAGAUUCAAAGCAAUUUAUAAUUAACAAUAAAAAAAUUAGUUAUGUCGAAGAAGAAAUGGUGGAUGAAACAAAAACCCUAAAAAUCAAAAACUGAUAAAAAAACCCUAAAAAUCAAAAAAAUCAACCAAUAUACUUACAUUACGAGAUUCUACACUUGAUUCCGUGGUGAAUGGUGAGAUUGGAGAAUGAAGAUUGGAGGAGGAGCGUCGAAGCCUCGAAGAACCACAGAAGCAGAGGCGUCUUUGAAGGAGGUCGUUUGAAGGAGAUCGACUGUCGAUGGGUUGAAGCUUGAAGAGUUGAAGGAAGCGAGGCGAGGCGACUGUACUCAGACCUGGGCUGGCUGGGGAGGAGGCGAGGAAGAGAGGAGAAUGGGAGAAGGAAGCAACUGUGAUUGACGGCAGCAGGAUUAGGAAAUGCAAAUGUGAAAUGAGGAUACAGGAAUCAGGAUAAUCCUAAUCCCUAAAUCCUAAUAUUAGUCCGGUUUAUUGGUCCGGUUUGGUCUACAAAUUUAAAAACCGGGACCGGACCGUAAACCGUUUAAAAAAAAAAAAACCAGACCAGACCAUUCAGACCGUAGACCAGACCAAAUACUUAAAUUACGGUUUGGUCCGGUUUGGUUUACGGUUUAAACCAAACCCUGUUCAGCCCUACUCAUGAUCCAACUAUUUUCUUAUAGAAGUCAUGGUUGCCAUUUAGUUUGACUCAAUUUUGAUGAAGUUAACAAUCUUUUAUAAGCUUAAACAAACACAAAUUAUUUGUUUAUGAGCAUCAUUCAGUUGAACCUCACGUUGCUUGUAGUUAGACUUGUUUAACAUGUAAGCCUUUGGGGUGUAAUGAGCCAAUUUGAUUGAGCUUUGGCGGAAUUUGUUUGUAAGAUGAUCACGAAUGAAUAGAUAAAACAAUCAGUACAUUUACAUCUUUAUACACAUGCAUUUGAGCAUUAGCAUAGGUGAUUGGAUGUCAUAAAAAAUUCUAAUGAUCUUGGUGUGAUGUUCUG